AUGUUGAAACUCUUACUUGAUCGUGGAGGUCUUUACGACAGGGGUAAAGAGCUUGGCUGGAAAAACAUGAAAGAUCUCGGCUACAUCGCAUCUAUGGGGAAAGCUGGGGGUGGUCGUAAUGAGACGGACCCCAGAUUUGUCUCCCUUUUCUCAGUUUUCAACAUGACAUUCCCUGACACGUCAUCACUACUGAAGAUUUAUGUGUCCAUUCUGGACGGACAUUUGAAGGCUUUUGAUUUAGAAAUAUCCCGCAACGCCACCAAGCUGACUCAGUUGACAAUGGACCUUUAUCUGUAAGUUAUUUCGUAAUUGUUUUGUUUUUUAAAACUCUGUUAUAAGCUAUUUUAAAUUUAUUAUUUUUUUUAAAUGAACACCAUACCACAUUUUAUCAUCUUCAAUAAACUAUUUGAAUUUUUUUUUUAAAUUAAAACCUUCAGACCAUAUUUUAUCAUCUUCAAUAAACCAUUUGAAUUAAUUAAAAAACCAAUUAAAACCAUCAUACCAUAUUUUAUGAUCUUUAAUUAACUUUUUAAUUUGUUUUAUUUUGUUUGUUUGACUUCAUCAUGAAUUCUUUUUUCUUGAAUUACUUUUUUUAAAAUAAACAUUUUAUUUAAAAAAAAUUCAAGUUAUGUUUUUUGCAAAUCCUAUAACAAUGAACAUUACAGGUAUUCAAACAUCUCUGAGAUCAUUUAAUAUCACAUCUCUUUUUUUUUCUUAACCCUCCUCCAAAUGCUUUUAAAAAUCCGAUGACCGACACCUGAAGAAUUCUAAUCAAAGAGCUACCUCCAACGCCAUCUAAGUUCCAUUACAUCUUCAAUCUGCGGGACCUGUCCCGGAUCUACAACGGUCUGUGCAUGUCAACACCUGACCGUUUUACCAACAUGAAUCAGUUUUUGAGGCUGUGGAGGAACGAGUGUAUGAGGGUGAUCUGUGACAGGCUAAUCACUGUGGAGGAUAACAUGCUAGUG